AUGAAGAUUUCCGAUCUUCCAUACGAUCUGGAAUCCGAAAUACUCGCUAGGGUUUCGGCGAAGUCUCUAUGGAAAUCGCAAACUACUUGCAAACGAUGGUACUCUUUACUUAGGGAUGAAAAUUUCAUCACAAGGAACAAAAAGUUGAGUAAACCAGCAAGGGAGUCAAUAUUACAGAUUGAUUUUGGGGUUUGUUCAACCGGUGACGAUCUGCAUGGAAUUCACAACAGAACCGGCGUGGAUCCAUCUAUCGAGUUUCCCAGUAAACUUUGUUAUCUAAGGAAGGAUCCAAAAAAAGUUUUGAAAAUAUCUCAAAUCUAUCACUGCGACGGUUUGAUAUUAUGCUCCACUAAAAGAAACAAUUGGCUUGUGAUUAUGAACCCUUGCACCGGUGAAACGAGGCUGGUCAAACCUAGAACUUUUUACCGGGAAGAUGAUACCUAUGCUCUAGGAUACGUAAACAGCAACAAACCUUCUUCUUCUUCUUCUCCCCAUAGCCACAAGAUCUUGAGGUGUUUCUAUCACGAAAACGAGCAGAGUGUCAAGGUUGCUGCGUUUGAGAUGUAUGAUCUUAGCUCUGGUUCUUGGAGGGUUCUUGAUGACUUAACUGGUGACUAUCGCGAAUUUAGAUACGGAAUGUCUUUGAAAGGAAAUACUUACUGGGCUGUUGGAGAUUUAGGAACGGGUCUUUUCUUGAUGAAGUUUGAUUUCACAACAGAGAAGUUUGUGCGUCUCUCUCUUCCCUUUCAGAGCUUUCCCAAUGCAGUUUUUGCUCCUCUGUCUGUUGUUAAGGACGAAAAACUCUCGGUUUUAGAUCUGGAUAUUCAAGAGUCUUCAUGUGUGAUGAAGAUUUGGGUGACCAAUAAGGUUGAUGAUGAAGACAAAGACUUGUCGUGGAGAAGCGACUGUGUGUUAGAGGUGGAUUUGGAUAAGUUUGAGUUACCAAGUGUGGUGAAGGUGUCAAGCUUCUUGUUGGACGAGGAGAAUAAAGUGGCAGUGUGUUGUGAUUUAGACUGGGAUCGAGAUGAUGAAAAUAGGAUUAGGAACUUCAUUACCAGAAUCUACAUUGUUGGAGAGGAUAUGUAUAAACAAGUUUACAAAGAGACUACAAGAGGAACUCGUUUCAAGCUGCGGCCACUUCUCCUUACUUAUGUUCCAAGUCAAACGAGGGAGAUCAAACCCAGAACUUGCUACGGGAGUGACGAUACAUAUGCUCUAGGAUACGUAAACGACAGCAAAUCUUUCAGUAGCUACAAAAUCUUGAGGUGUUCCUGUUAUAAAAAGGAUAAGAGUGCCACAGUUGCAGAGUUUGAGAUGUAUGACCUUAGCUCUGGCUCAUGGAGGUUUCUUUAUAACUUCACUCGUAACUAUCGCAUAUUUUGCGAUGGAAUGUCUUUGAAAGGAAACACUUAUUGGGUUUAUGGAGAUAAAGAAACGGGUCUUUUCUUGAUGAAGUUUGAUUUCACAACAGAGAAGUUUGUGCGUCUCUCUCUUCCCUUUCAGAGUUUUAAUCUUGAAGACACCGCUGCUCUAUCUGUUGUCAAGGAUAAAAAACUCUCCGUGUUACAUCAGAACAUUAUUGAGUUUUCGAAUGUGAUGAGGAUAUGGGUGACCAACAAGGUUGAUGAGGCAGACAAAGAGUUAUCUUAA